AUGCGGUGGUGCCUUUCUUUUUUUCUGUUCUGCUUCUUGGCGGUUGUCCACGCCUUGAGUAGCUCGGGCAAUCGUUUAGUGGUGAUUCUCGAGGAAGCGGCCGAGAAGGAGCUCUAUUCCAGCUUCUGGAGCGACCUGCAAGCUCGUGGAUACACAAUCUCGUUCGAAUCGCCUAAGAACAGCAAAUUCUCUCUGUUCCAACAUGGCGAGAAGGCUUACGACCACCUACUUAUCCUCCCUCCCAAAUCGAAAGACGGUAACGUCCUCCUCGCCCUCUCUGGCAAGUCUACAACACCAAGCGCCAUCAGCUCGCUAUUGCUGGAAUUCGACCUCCACCUGUCCAACGACCGUUCGUCUAUCGUUCUCGACCACUUCAACUACGACACUGUCUCCGCAUCUGAAAAGCACGACGUUCUGCUUCUCCAGAGACCCGGCCAAUUGAGAUCCGACACCAAGGCCUUCUUCGACGGCAACGGUGUUCUCGCUUUCCCCAGGGCUAUUCCUCAAACCCUCGGAGACUCCAGCAACAUCAUCACCCCUAUCCUGCGUGCUCCGAUUACAUCGUACAGCUACAACCCCAAGGAGGAAUCGUUCACCCCGGAAGAUGUCCAGGCAACUGGCUCCCAGCUGGCUCUUGUUUCGGCCAUGCAAGCCAGAAACUCGGCUCGCUUUGCUGUCUUGGGAUCUGUGGAAAGCUUGGAGGAUAAGUGGUUCUCGGCUAGUGUGAAGGCGCCUAAGGACAAAAAGGAGGCCAAGACGGCCAAUCAGGAAUUCGCGAAGCAAUUGACUUCGUGGACCUUCAAGGAGGCCGGUGUGCUGAAGGUUGGAAAGAUCGAGCACCACCUUGCUGAGGAAGGAGAGAUUACCUCUGAGAAGUUGAACCCCUCUCUCUACCGUAUCAAGAACGAAACUGUCUUUAGCAUCGAGGUCUCUGAGUACGUUAACGACAGAUACGUUCCCUUUGAGGUUCCGGCCGGGGAUGCUUUGCAGCUCGAAUUCACCAUGCUCUCGCCUUUCCACCGCCUCACUCUCCAACCAACCCUCCGAACAGAAACCAGCACUGUGUACAGCACGCGCUUCACCAUCCCCGACCAGCAUGGAAUCUUCUCCUUCCGCGUCAACUAUAAGCGUCCCUUCUUCACAAACAUCGAAGAGAAGCACGAAGUUACCGUUCGCCAUUAUGCCCACGACGAAUACCCCCGCAGCUGGAGAAUUAGCGGCGGAUGGGUCUGGAUCGGAGGUCUCUGGUCUGUGAUCGCCGGCUUCCUUCUCUUUGUUGUUGUAUGGCUCUACUCCGAGCCAUCUCCUGCUGCGUCUAAGAACAAGAAGACGCAGUAA